AUGUCUCCCAUAGCGGGGAUUUGGGCUCCCGCAGCCUUGCGCAUGUUACGCAUGCACUUGUCCGCACCGGCAACGCUCGCCAACCAGUUCACCCCCGCGGCGUGGCUGCGACAGCAGAAACGAACCGGCGGAACCAAAUGGUACUCGUCCGCUAAUCUCAACGCUACCGUUCGUCGCUUCAUCAGCACCGGCGGCCACACCGGCUCGAAGCCCGGAUUCCGCUUCGACCGCUCCAAGCUCCCGACCUCGACCAUCUCCCGCGCCGUCAGUCAAUUCACUGGCCGUGCUCCCUUCGCCUCUACGCUCCGCCCGAACCUCACUGGCGGCACCCUCGGUCGCACGGCAGGCGGUUAUGGCAUCCCGGGUGCUGGCCGCAUCGGCGGAGUUCGCCACUUCAGCCAUACCCCCGCCGCUCCGGCACAGGUCGUCCAGAACGUCAGCCAGGCGAUGCGCGCCUUCUGGCUCUCUGGUCACCGAGCCCAGUUCAGCGGCGUGGGACCCAACGGCGAGAAGCGGUACCGCGCUAUCAGCGCCACACAGGACGACGCGCGGAUGACGAUGGCCAAGGCGAUGAUGACCCACCGGCCCGUGCCGGGUGCCUUUAUCGACUUCAAGAUCAGCCCCACCGUUACUGCGCUCAGCUCGCUUGGCAUGAUGAUGCCUUUCAUGAGCAUGGAGGAGCAGGUUGCCGCCGGCGCGACGCUCAAUGCUGAGGGCUUCCUUGACGUCCUCUCGGUGGACUUUGCGCGCGCGCUCAAGGACUUGGCAGCGACUAUGACAGACUUGAAAAGUCUCGCUAGGCUGGGGGAUCUGCCCAUCUCACUUGAGAAGAACAAUGUUUUGAGGGUACGGUUCCCCGGAAUGGACGCUGAGUCGGUCGAGCGGCUGUGCGACGACGUCGGUGUCAAGCGUGGGGUCGUCGGCCAGGAUCCCAAUUUUAAUGCCAACCCUGCUGUUGACGUUGCGCUGCGCUUCCCUUUCGCGCCGGAUGACAAGGGCGAGGACACCAUCACCUCCCCAGGCGGCUCUCUCCGGUCACACCGCUCAGGGCCAUCGUCGACCUCGUCGGGCGUGGAGGACGCGUUCAUCGUGGACGAGUUCGAAGAAAACCCAUGGCGUGUUUCUUCGGGGUCGGAGCUGGAGGGCUAUGAGAGCAUGUCGCCGCCGAUCAUGAGCAGCUCGGGGGAGCAUUGCUCGGAGGACUUUGAGGGGUUGGAGGGCGUGUACCGGUUUUUGGAGGAGUGUGAUAGGGCCAGGGGCCGUUUCCAGUGAUUUGUGGAAACUCCUCUGGUAGGGUAGCGGGCGUUUUGGAAUAAGGGAAAGGGCAUAGGUAUGAAUUGGAGGUCGUCACUCUCUUCUCUCUUUUGUUUAGGUAGCCCGAGAACACGCACAACGGGUUAUCAGUGCCCAGCAGCUUGUCGCCGACAAGGCAAUGGUAAACAGCAGAAUGCAAUUUUGAUUAUGCAGUCG